AUGAGGAAUAGCUGCGCUUGGGCCCUGCUGGCCACCGCCGUGCUGUGGCUGGCCUUGGCCGUCACCACCACCACGGCCGAGACAAUGAUCGAGGUGGACGAGAACGGGGAAGAGUACGAGCUGAAGCGCUUCUACAUCCAGGGGCGCCAGCUGACCGGCGACGGCAGCAAGUCCCAGUGCGUGGUGACACGCCGCAAGCGCUCCAGUCGGGCGGCUGCCCUGCCACAGUCCGUGUCCGUCAGCUCGCAGCAGUUGAGCGUGGAGCAGCUGCCCAUCGUGGAGCAUCGCGAGGGAUCUGCCACGAUUGGCGCAGACCACGAGAGCGGCGGCACCAAGCGGCGUUAUGUGGCCUUCACGGGCGUGCACCUGGAGCCAGCCGACGCGGAGGAUGAGCACAAUGAUGAUGCGGACAAUGAUGGCAAUGAGGAUGAUGAUGAUGAUGAUGAAGAUUUCAACGAGAGCGAGGAUCAAGAGGAGCAGCAACCCAAGGCCCAGUCCCAGUCGCAGUAUGUGCCCGCCGCCUUGGCCCUGCCAUUGGCCCAGACGAGCGCCUCGCAUCUGCCGCACGGCGUCAGUGUGGUGGCGAAUGCCGCCAGCCAGGCCAACGUGGCCGGAGACGCUGGCAUUGUCGUCGUGCAGUCCCACCAGCCGCCCAAGGUCAAUCCCGACACCCACGCCGUCUUCGAGCUGAAGCCCGUGCAGUCGGACGCAGUCCACGGCAGCGCCAGCGCCAGCGCCAGCGGCGUGACCACGGUCCAGGGCUACUACCCGUUUGUGGCCGGCAGCCACGCCAACUGGCAGGAGUACGGCCUGCCCGGGGACGCGGACGAGGACGAUGACUACGAGGAGGAGGGUGAGGAGGACUACGACGACUUCUACUACGGCCAGGGCGGCUACUUCAGGGACCGCCCCGGCUACCAUCCGCUGGGCGAGUACGACGAGGAGCUCAUCACCGAGGACAGUCCGACGACCACGACGGCCGUGUGGAGCACUGGCACCGACGACGACGACAUUCAUCCCGUCAUCAAUCAGGCCAACUCCAGGCCCAACAACAACAAAAAGAACAAGAACAAGAACAAGAACCAAAGGAACAAGAAUCAGCGGAACAAGAACAAGAAGCAGCAGCAGCAGCAGCAGCAGCUGAAGCGCAAGCAGGAGCUGGCAGAGAAGGAGCAGGAGGAGGAGCAGCACAGCCAGGACAAUGUGAGCGUCAAGGAGCAAAAGCAAAAGCAAAAGCAAAAGAAGAAGCCACAGCAGCAGCAGCAGCAGCAGGAGAGCUCCUUGGAUGUGACCAAGAGGCCCAUGAAGAAGCCAUCGUCCAGCAGCAGCAGCGGCAGCAGCAGCGGCAGCUCCGUUUCGGUUUCGGCUUCCUCCGCGGGCAACACGGCCGCCGUUUCGGUGAUCAGCUCCAGCGGGGAUCUGGGACCCAACACGAACAAGAACAAGAACAAGAAGAAGCGGCCCAGUGGCUCCGGCGGUGUGAACAAGCGGAAGACCAGGCCCAGCAGCAGCCAGCAGAAGAAGAAGCGUCCAGGAAGCAGCAGCGGCAGCGGCAGCAUCUCCAAUGGCAACAAGCGGAGACGCCCCCGUCCCAACUCGAGCAGCUCGAGCAGCUCCAGCAGCAUUGGCGGCUAUCGUCGUCGCCGCCCCCAGCAGUCGCUCAGCCAGCAGGAGCAGAAGGAGCGUCGCCGCCGCCAGAAGCAGAAGCAGCAGCAGAACCAGAGCCAGAACCGAAAGCGCCAGCAGCAGCAGCAGAAGCGUCGCCGGCAGGAGCAGCAGCGCCGCCGCAGGAAUCGCAACAAGAAUCGGCAGUUCUACGGCGAUGAGCCCAUCAUCAAUUGCAUUUACAUCAACAAGGAUCCACCCACGACCACCACCCAGCGCCCCUUCUGGAAUAUCCUGGGCCGCGACACGGGCAGCAAUGAUCCCACACCAGCCGCCGCAGCAGGAGCAGCAGCAGGAGCAGCAGCAGGAGGAGCCAGUGCCAGCGAUGAGGACACAGUGGAUCCGGUGGCCAAGCAGGCCGUGCUGCAGGCAGUCAGGCGCAACUUUGGCGACUUUGGCGGACGCAAGCGAACCAAUCAGAGAUUUGUCUCCUAA